UACACUUCAGCCGCUGAAAACACUAGCUACAGCCCAGUGCUGCUUCGUCCAGCAAUACUGAACCCAAGGCUCUCUGCAGUUGGAACUUGACAAGUGUGUUUCAGCGGCCACGACGACUGCUAGUGAGGAGUGAUGAUGAGAGUGAGGCCGAGUGUGGUGGCCACUCUCCUGGUGGUGACUUUCCUGCUGGAGUUGCCUGCAACUUCUACUGCUGCUCAGGAGAGAUGGAGAUGUGGGUUCGAGAAAGGGGACGCUUGCGGUUGGUCGCUUUCAGGAGCUUCAGAAGUUACACAGCUGCGACUCAUUUUGGGUCCUACGACUCACUUUGAGAACCAUGUGUUGGCUUUAGCGUCUGAGGGUGAAGGCGACGGGGACCUGAUUACUGGCAGAGUCACUAGUCCUAUCUUCCUUCCUUCCAGACUCUGCAAGGUUGGGCUGCAACACCGGGUGAUGGGAUGGUUGUCAGCGCUCCGUGUUCACCAGGUGGAUGCUACCAGUGGUCAAGUGCUCAGGAAGAGAACCAUCUCUGGAAAUGACACAAUAUUGACCGACUGGACUUACAAGGAACUACUUCUCUCUUCUACGGUGCCAUUUUAUGUACUGCUGGAGGGUGAAGCGUCGAGUGGCAGUGUUGUGGUGGACAAUGUUACCCUCAGUCCACAAUGCCAGCGUCAUCCAUCACCGCCUCUGACGCACUGCAGUUAUGACGAGUACUCUUGUUUUUUCACAGAGAUCUGCAUACCACAAGCAAAGGUGUGUGAUUUCAAUGUGGACUGUCCGCAAGGUGAUGACGAGACCUCCUGCGCUGCUACAGACUUCGAGCACGGUCUCUCUGGUUGGUUUGAUGCAGGUUACAACGACACCACCUACCUAUUUGAAUUGACGCAAGCUAGUAAUACCGCUUAUCCUGGUGGAAAUGCCAUCGACUAUGACCACACGUACGGCAAUGGCUCAGGACAUUAUCUGUGGGCAUCAGGUUUAUCUGCACAUGGUGAGUCGCCAGCAACAGCAAUACAAGAAUCUACAAUGUUCGGACCAGUUAUCGUGCCAUGCACCUUGGUCUUAUGGUAUCAACGUUUGGGUAAAGUGCCUGAUCUCAGGAUAAUCUUUAAUUCAGAAAAAGAGAACUAUAUUUGGCAGGUGUAUUUCCCUGCGAAUGAAAAUUUAAAUUGGAAGGAAUAUCAACAUGAGAUUGGCGAAUAUAAUGAAAAACUCUAUUUAAAACUGAUUAGCAACUGGGGGAAGCAAGAUGGUUUUUACAAUGACGCGUGUGUGGAUGACAUCCAACUAAAAUGGUGCGACCCCAAAACUCCAGCAUUUACGGAAGAAGUGAGGUGUAGCUUUGAGAAGCCGUGUGAGCUCUUCCAGAGUCAUGAUGACGACAUAGAUUGGCAGCUCACAGCCAGUCCUGCUCACCGUGAUGAUAAGUUCUUGAUCACACCAAAAAAUGAAAUAGGUGUUGCUACAAUGCAAACGUGGUGGUAUCGUCCAACGAUUUCAAAUUUCUGCCUCUCCUUCAGUUAUGUGGUUGAGAAGGAGACGAAGCUGACAGUGAUACUAGUGACGGAGGAAAGGACUGAUACACUGUGGAUGAGAGAGAACCAAACAGGCAUCGCUGUGUGGCGGACACAACACAUAGAGCUCAAUGUCGACGUCCAACUUCAGGUGCACUUUGUAAGUGAACAAAGUGGUAACGCAGUACGUCUUGAUAAUGUAGAGAUGAUCAAUGGUCAAUGUCCAGCAACCUUCAGCUGUUCCUUUGAUGAUAUUUCUGAAGCUUGUGACUGGAUGAAUUACAGCGAUGGUACUGAUAUUCUCGUGUGGAUCUACGGCAGUGGCCGAGGUGAUAUUCAGAAUGCUCCAACGUCUGAUCAUUCUCUGGACACACCUGAUGGUCACUUCCUGUACCUGCCUCUGGAACCUGGACAAAAUGACCAGAAAGCUUACUUUAGGAGUCCUACCAUCAACACCACCACACCUGAGGGAGACUGUUUCCAAUUCUGGUUCUACUUAUACUUCUACGACCCCUCGGAUCCUGUAGGAGAACUUGGUGUCCGUCUGUUGACCACCGAAUUAUCAGAACGGAUUUGGCAGCAUACUGUUGACUUCGGUAAUAAAUGGCAGUUCGGUCAGGUCACUCUCAAAAAUGACCAGGAAUUUAGUAUAAUCUUGGAAGGUGUUCGUAGGACUGGCAAUGAAGGCGCCAUGGCCUGGGAUGAUCUUUCCAUUGUACGAGGAACAUGUGGUGAUCCUGGGUCAUGCACAUUUGAGAAUGGAUUGUGUGGUUGGACAGACCUAAGUUUAGUCUCGUCCCUCUUCACCACCAACAACUGGAUAUGGUACACAGCAGAAGAUGGACCCAGUGGUCUCGAAGUUGAUCACACCACUCUCUCCGGCAAAGGUCACUAUGUAAUUGCUGACACCAGUAAAUGUAAAGUUACCUCCACUGGUGGGCAAUGUUUUGCUGACCUGGAGAGUGUCGAUAUUUACCCAGCGAAGGACAGCUAUUGCUUAAAGUUCUAUAUUAAUACCCUUCAUAAUGACGAUAAUAAUGCACUAGCCAUUAGUGUUGUGGACGUAGCUAAGAACCUAAGCAAGAACAUUGCCGUGUUGUCUUAUGAACAAAAUCAAGUAUGGAGUUUCCAAAGUUUCACUCUCACAAGCAUGACGUAUCUCUUCCGCAUCCGUUUACAUUCUGCAGCUAUGAUAAUUAUGAAUCAAGAUGCCUACAUUGCUGUGGACGACAUUGAAGUGACUCCUGACUUUUGUAAAGGGGUGACUACUACCCCAAGCCCUUCUUCAACCCCUCCGCCUGAUACACUGCUCACUUGUACCUUUGAGGCUAACUUACUCUGUGGCUGGAGUCAGUAUAUAAAUGAUGGUGGAGACUGGCAACUAGUUACUUCAGAAAUGCUAGCUACAAGUUUAUACGAAGAUCUGGGCCCAGCAGUAGACCACACAACUCAGCUUUCUGGAGGUCACUUUUUAUUCGUUAGCUCCAGACUGGGGGUGAACAUCGUCGCUAGGUUACGGUCAGAAGAUAUUCCACCAGACACACCCCAUUGUUUCACUUUCUAUUAUUAUAUGCAUGGCGCCGACCCUCCUGUUCUCAAUAUGUAUUUAGCACAGAAUGAGUUUUGGCCUACGCAACACAUAGACUGGGUUGCUCAUGGUGAAAUGGGGGAGAAAUGGAAUCUUAUGAAGUUCUUCAUUCCAAACACUACAGUAUCCACUCAGUUCAUUGUUUUUGAGGCCGUUGUUAACACUAAAACGGUUGAUAAUGGCCACACAGCUAUUGAUGAUUUCCUCCUUUUGGAUGGAACCUGCUCAUCGGCAGGAUUUGGUGCUGACUGCGACUUUGAAGCCUCGGAUAAAUGUGAAUAUUCUGUCUUUACUGAAAUGGGUGGUCCUGGAUGGUCUUGGGGAGCAGGAGCUGCCUAUGGGCCUGAAAUUGAUCACACUUAUGGUGAGGUCAAUGGUCACUACAUGUACCUGGACUACGCAGACAGCAGAGAAACAAAAAGUUUGCUCUCCAGUAUAAUUGUAAAAAGCACUGAGGACUACGUAUGUGUAAAAUGGUACUAUUAUAUAGAUGGCCCAGCAAAUAUGACCGCUAAUUUGCAAGUUUCUGUUAUCGGUGCUGAUGCUUUUUGGGAGAUUAAUACACCUGAGGGAAACGUCUGGAACCUUGGCACCUUAACUGCACAAAUUAUUGGUGACUUUAAUGUUCAGUUUGAAGGAUAUGUCUACAUCGAUACUGAUGAUAUCAUCAUUGCCAUUGACGAUAUAUCAAUAGAAGCAAGAGCUUGUCCGGCAGCAGCUACAUGCAAUUUUGAGGAUGGAAUGUGUGACUGGACAGAUGACCCUGACACUGGCAUAACUUGGCUAAUACAGUCUGGUUCACAUGCAGCAGAAAACUCAGGACCACUGUCUGACAAUACAUUAAAGACACCAUAUGGUCAUUACAUGUUUAUGAGUGCCCGUACUGGUUGGCCAGGCGCAGAAGCAGUGUUGAAAUCACCAGUCAUACUUGGAGGAGACUAUUGCUUUGAGUUCUACUACUACAUGAGUGGACAAGAUAUUGGAGCUCUACUGGUGUCAACUGAAAUUGAAGAAGAAGUUCACACUCUUUUCAAUAGGACUGGUAAACAAGCACAGGAAUGGAGUUUGGUAAGUUUGUUUGAAGUAUUAAUACUCUGCUGUGAUAAUAAAAAGUGCUCCAUUACUGUAAUAUUCAUGCUGCAAAUGCUUAGCAGGAAGGUAAAAUACACUACUUGUUCAUUCUCUUGUGGUACAACCAGACAUCAUGCUGUAACAUUGUGGAACUCACCAAGAGUCAAUAAAAUCUUGAAUUAUUACAGGUACCGAGAAAACUCAAAUGAGGCACUUGGCAAAAAUAUAGAGGUAGUUGUGAGUGUUGAGAGAGACAGUGAUACUACACCUGUUUCAUAUUUAGUCAACAAAAAUACUGUGAGCUGGCAUCAGGCUGAAGUGAUGCUUCAGGACUGGCUUGGAGAUUUCGUUGUGCAUGUGGAAGCCACAAAGUUUGGCGCUCCAUCAGACCUCUCACUGGAUGACUUCUCUUUUGCCAAUUGUGCUCUACCUUUUGAGCCUGUUCAGUGUCUUGAAGACCAAAUCCACUGUGAACAAACAGGACUCUGCAUUGACGUACAACUGUUAUGUGACAACACAAAUGACUGUGGAGAUAUGAGCGAUGAAAUAGACUGUGGUAUGAAUAUUCCCAUGUGUACCUUUGAGGAGGGUGAUUAUUGUGCUUGGACUCAGGAAGACAGGCUCGAUGAUUUGGAUUGGGAGCAAGGAUCUGGUUCCACUCCAGCUGGUCGUGAGAACCAUAUGACAGGGCCUUCAGUAGACCAUACGACUCGACUUACAGUGGGCCAUUAUCUGUAUGUUACUCAGAAUCCUGUGGUAGCACAUGAAAAAGAUAUCAUCACUAAGCGUAGUUGGUUCAUCAGCCCAGUCCUGCAAGCUCAGAGUGAGACGAGCUGUGUUUUGAGGUUUCAUUACUACAUGUACGGCCAGAAUAUUCAAACAUUGAACGUAUAUGUAAGAUGGACUCUGUAUGGUUCAAAAACUUUGGCCUUUAGUAGGAGCGGAGAACAAGGACAGUUCUGGGAUCGUGGAAUUGCUACAACUUCAUCAACUCAAUCAUUCCAAUUCAUCAUUGAAGGGAUUACUGGAAGUUCAGAUUAUACUGACAUUGCAAUUGAUGACCUGUCAUUUUCAUUUGGCUGUAAUCUUGUGAAUGAUACACUCCCAGAAGGCACUACACUUUCACCUCCUUAUAAUCCUUGUAGUGAGAAUGAAUUUUAUUGUGGUAUUUUUAAUGAAUGUAUCCCAAAUAGUCGUCUUUGUAACUGGGAGACAGAUUGUUCGAAUGGCGCUGAUGAAACUGACUGUGGAAAUUGUGACUUUGAGUCUGGUACCUGCUCUUGGACUGAUGUUAGCGAGGGAGUGUUUUCAUGGAAGCGUUUGCGUGCUGGUGAACCUUCUCUUUAUGACCACCCAUACGUGGACCACACUUAUGGAACCAACACUGGUCAUUAUAUGUAUCUCACAGAGGCAAAUGGUGUGACAGGAAAAACAGCAGUGUUAAGUAGCUCAAAGCUUUUAAAUGAUGGAGGCUAUUAUUGUGAAUUUCAUAUGUGGCUUUAUCAGAAGGAGAGUGUAAAUGUCCAUCUUGCUUUCUUUUUGGACAAUGAACAAUUUGGUACUCAUAUUUUGCUUUACAAUUUUUCAGCACCAUUUCUAUAUGAAGGACAAUGGUAUAAUAUAAUUAUUCCAACACCAACUGUACUAUCACAUUAUCAUUUUUCUUUAGAAGCAACUCCGGUAUUUGAUGAAGCUGCUGAAUGGGCAGAUUCUCAUUCUGUACUUGCUGUUGAUGAUUUUGAAUUAUUCAACUGCAAUUUUGACCUUGUAGGAAUGAAUUGUAACUUUGAUAACCCUGACUUUAAUCAUGGUUUCUGCAUGUGGCAACAAUCUUAUGAUGACCAACAAGAUUGGAAAAAUAAUGAGAUGUUUCCAGAAGAGCUUCAUGAUCACACCACAGGAAAGUUAUAUUAUAUCUUUGUAGACUUCAGUGAUAAAAUGGCUAAAAAUGGAGACAAGGCAAUACUAGUUAGUACUGUUCAGUCCAGAAUAACAGUCACAAACAAGACUUUUACACUCUGGUAUUAUUUCUAUGGUGAAAAUGUUGGAGCAUUUAGAAUAAUUCAGAGAAAGAAAACUCUUGGAGAAAUUAAAACGUAUUUUGAGUUGGAAGACUCUCAAGAAGAUAGAUGGAUGUUAAUAGAAGUAGAACUUGAGGGUGAUGAUGAUUUUUCAAUGGUUUUAGAGGCUGAAUGGGGAGAGAUUGGACCAGGAAUGCUAGCUGUAGAUGAUGUAGAAAUAGUUACAAGGCUUAAUUCACCAAAAUGUGAUUUUGAAGUAGAUUUCUGUCAGUGGUCUGCUGGGUCAGAAGGUACAACAAAAUGGGAGAGGACUCGUGGAGAAGAACACAUACCUAAUGCACCUCCAGUAGAUCAUACAACAAACAGUGAAAUGGGUUACUAUGCUUAUCUCAAACCAAUAAGCUCCUCUGAUGCCUUUGCUUAUCUUGUCUCACCAUUUUAUGAUAAUGUUGGAGUUCAGUGUCUCAGGUUUUGGCUCCACAUGCUAGGAGGAAAUCCUGCCUCACUGUUAAUAUAUGUAAUGGAAGAAGAUAAUCCUGACUAUAUGCCUAUCUGGACAUUUCAGGGCAAAACAUAUGAAAUAUGGACACUUGAAGCAGUAACUGUGUUUAAUAUGCAUAAUUAUUCUAUAGGUAUUGAAGGAAUAAUUGAAUUAAAUAGUGAAACUAUCAUUGCAAUUGAUGACGUUGAAUUUAUUCCUGAUUCCUGUCUGCCAGAUCACAAAUGUGACUUUGAAUAUGACCUUUGUGAUUGGUUCAACAUUAAUGGUGAAGACACUUUUGACUGGGUGAGAUCUUCAGGAAGUGAAGGUGGUGGUAUUAUUGUAGAUCACACCAUAAACUUUGAAACUGGCUACUACAUGGUAGCAAAACUUUCAGGCAAGUUAAAAGGUGAUGUUGCUAAAUUUUUUGGAAGUCAUAUUUCUUCUAGCUUCAAGUGUAUGACAUUUUGGUAUUCAAUGCAAAAUAUAGUAAAUGCUACAUUAAGUGUUGUAAUACUAGUUGAGCCUGAUAACAUAUUGCUGGUGGAGCUUCACAACUCAACCUCUGAGUAUAUCUGGGAAGAAGUAAGAACAGUGCCUGAUGUGAUAGCUGACUCCUACCAAGUAAUGAUCAGAAUUGUAGUAGAUGAAAAUAUUAUGUUAUUGGAAAAUGAUGCUGUUGCUAUAGAUGACAUUGCCUUUGCAAAAGAUUGUGAUAUCUCUACAUAUCCUCUUAUUACCACACAACCACCCACCCAUCAACCCUCAAUAUAUGACUGUGACUUUGAACAAGAUGAUAGUCAAACCUGUGGAUGGAUUCAGAAUGCAGAAGAUGGCCUUGACUGGAAGCGAAAUCAAGGACCAACUCCAACAGAGGAGACAGGACCAAGCACAGAUCACACUACAGUGACAGAAGAUGGACACUACAUGUAUAUCGGCACAGCAAACCAAUUAAAACAUGCUGCUGAACUAAUAAGCAUACCCAUACAGGUUGGAUUUACAGGAGCAUGUCUGUCUUUCUGGUAUCACAUGCAUGGCCCUAAUAUUGGUGAUCUGAAUGUGGAUCUACAGUUUAGUGGCACAAAUGUGAAUACAUCUGCCUGGCAUCGUUCACAUGAGCAAGGAACUGACUGGUUACAGGCCAAGGUGUACUUAGAGCAUUCAAAUUCCAGCUUCUGCAUAGUACUUAGAGCUACACCUAAGAUGUCAGGAAAGGGAGAUAUUGCAAUAGAUGAUAUUAUACUUGAUUUUAGAGCUUGUAAUGCAGACAAUCUCUGUGACUUUGAAGAAGGAAUUUGCAACUAUGAGCAGUCACUUGAAGAUGAUCUUGACUGGCAAUGGGUAUCUUCUACAUCUUCAGGGGAAGAGGAUAGGAGUCCAUUGAAAGAUCACUCUAGGCAAACAUCAUUUGGUCAUUAUUUAAAGUUGUAUGGAGAGGGCUCUGCCCUUAUAUACUCCAAUAAAUUUCAUCCUAUGUUUAAAUGUAUCCAAUUUUGGCUUUAUUGUGAAGGCAAUAUUUACAUGGAACAAGCAGUACUUAAAGUGUACAAAUGCAUAGAUGAUGUAAUGGAAAAUGAUCCAAUCCUUACAAUUUCAGGCAUCUUCAGUGAUGAGUGGAAUUUAUACAGACUCCCUGUGGAGAGUACAUCCUAUUAUUCCCUUGGUUUUGAAGGUCAGUCGUACUUAGACUCCAUUAUUGGCCUUGAUGAUGUACAGCCACUGAUGACCUGUGAGGCCUUGUUGGAGUGUAAUUUUGAGACAGACUUUUGCAUAUGGAGAAAUGUAGAGGCUGGAGUUUCCUCAGAUUGGUCCUUGACAACUGGUGACCAACUUUCCACUCCAUAUGCACCAAAGGUUGAUGUUACUUUUCGUUCUGCAUAUGGGGGAUAUAUAUAUUUUGAUACAGCUAGCAUGAGCUCUGAGUCUAGUGCACUUUUGCUCACUGAUUUAUUACCAGGUGUGUGGUGCGUAAGCUUUUGGUUUCAUCUGCAAGGAUUGGGCAACCAUAGCAUUACUCUUAUAAUAGAAAAUUUGUUAUAUGGAGAUAGAUUAGUUGUUUGGGAGCAAAAUUAUGUUAUUCAAGCCGACUGGAAGUUUUCACAAGUGACCAUAAAUGUGACGAGAUCUGCUACUACAUUACAAUUUUUUGGAGUUUCUGACAAAGGAAAGAAAGGCAUUAUUGCCUUAGAUCAAGUGAAUAUAAUGCCUAACAGUUGUACCAAUGGUACUAUUCCAGACUGUACCAUUGUUUGUGAUGCAGAUAAAUGUAUAAAACCAGAACAAAUGUGUGACUUUGUUAAAGACUGUAGCCAAGGGCAAGAUGAAAAUCUCUGUGGCUACAACUGUACAUUUGAAGUAGAAGAUGAACACUAUUGCACUUGGACUAGUGUAGCAACAGAUGGGGAAUUGUCCUGGAUGCUUCUUCAGGGUCAAGAGUCUAAUAACACUUAUGGGCCUCCAAUAGAUCACACAAAACAGACUGGUGCUGGUCACUAUAUGGCAGUGUCUCCAAAGACACUAAAUCACAGAGACUUCAGCAGCCCCAUCUUUAUGAGCCCAUACCUGCAUAAUUCAGCUGCUGAAUGUCGCAUGUAUUUCUGGUACAUGGCAUAUGAAACAACUGAGGAGCAGUCUUCUAAUGACGUAGGAAUCUUGAAGAUUUCUUACACUGUAAGUGAUAUCACCACUCUAUUAUUAGAGAUUUAUGCUAAUCAGCGAGAAGAAUGGUUGUAUGGAAUAGCAUACUUAGGAAGAAUACGCUCUGAAUUUAUAGUCCAAUUUGAAGGUAACAAGAAUUUAAAUGUUGACGGUUACAUGGCAGUGGAUGAUAUCAGUUUUGAAGAAUGUUUCCUGCCUUCACCACAAAUGAAAAUGUGUGAAGAUUUUGUCUGCAGCAAUCAAGCUUGUAUCUCAAUUUUUAACGAAUGUGACUUUGUAGAUGACUGUGGGGAUAACUCAGAUGAAGAUAUUACUCUAGCUAGAUGUAAUGAAUAUGUGGGGCGUUGUAAUUUUGAGGAUGGUUCAUCAUGCGAUUGGAAAGUUGAAGAAGAUAGCAGUUGGAAGAUUGGUUCACCAAGCACUCAAGAUAUUAUUCCAUCACGUGAUCAUACCCUGAAUUCAGCUCUAGGUUCCUUCAUCUACAUUGAAAGCAGCAGCAAUCAGAACGAAGCUGCACAAGGCAUAAUAACCAGUCCUGUAAUCAGUGUCCCUUCAGUACUAUGUCAUUUAAGGUUUUAUUAUUACUGUGAUGGACCUUCAGUGGACAAACUAGUAGUGUCAGUUCGAGAAUCUUUGAAUGGAAUACAAAAAGACAUGAAAAUAAUAUCAGGACCCAUUGGGCAAUACUGGGAACGUGUAGAGGUCACUCCCCCAAAUGAGGAUGCAAGUAAGCUAAUAGAAUUUAUUAUUACCAGUACCACCUUAAAUUACACAAGUGGAACAGUAUCAGUCAUUGCCAUUGAUGAUAUUUCCUUUAGUAAAGAUUGUAUGCUUUCUAAUGAAACUUUGCCUACAGCGACAGUUCCUAUUACUUCAACAACUGAAAAGCAUUGUCAGAAUGCUUUUCGUUGUAUAAAUGGCAACUGUGUCCCUCGGUCAGAGGCAUGUGAUUUCAAGGAUGAUUGUGGGGAUAACAGUGAUGAAUCUCAUUGUGCUGAGUGUAAUUUUGAAGUAGACCAGUGUGGUUGGUCAGAUAUAAGUUAUGGAUCAAUUCGCUGGGUCCGGGCAAUGGGAUCACCAUAUGGCCAUGAUGGUUAUGCAGCAAAAAUACUUCAUCUUGGUGAAGGUAUAAGUGAUAUAGCAGACUUUGAAACUUUUAGCUUGGGAACUGCAGACACCUCAUGUAUAAUGAAUUUUUAUUACUACAAACAUGGUGGAGAAGCUGCAACCCUUCAACUUUAUCUGUUGGUAAAUGAUGUGGAGCUUACUUUAUGGUAUAUCUUUGAAGACAUGGGUGAAAUAUGGCAGAACCAGACAGUGGGUAUAUUGGCACAUGAUCCUGGUUGGAAGCUGCGAUUUAGAGCAAGCAACCUUGAUGCUAGUGGGAAUAUUUUGAUUGAUGAUAUUCACUUUGAAAACUGUGUUCUUCCUACCCCAUCUGCAUGUAAAAAUGGCCAGUUUCCUUGCAACAAUGGUGUCUGUGUUAAUGAGAGUCAAAUCUGUGACUACAGUGAUGAUUGUGGGGACUGGUCAGAUGAGUCCCCUGAUACCUGUCAGUUAUAUCCUGAAAGAUGCAACUUUGAAACUGACUUUUGCCAUUGGACACAAGAUAUGGAAGAUGACCUCGACUGGGUCCGCAGAACUGGUGAAAUGCUUGAUGAGGAUGUUGGACCAGAUUAUGACCAUACUUAUAGUAAUGAGACAGGUUUUUACAUGUACCUGCAAAGCAUCAAAGAUUCACAAGGUAAGAAUGCCAAAAUAUCGAGUGCACCUUUCCUCCCAUCAUCAGGAAGCUGUCACUUUAGGUUUUGGUACAUGAUGAGGAAUAAUCAGAAUGCCUCUCUACGAAUCUAUGUCCAGGAAACAGAACCAACUAAAAUAAGGAGUGAUGAAAUACUGUUUCAGACUAAUGGUUCUAGUGAAUAUCUAUGGAUCCGUGAAGAUUUGUCUGUAAUAUAUGCAAGGUACUAUAAAAUUGUUAUAGAAGGCUGGGCUGGUGCAGAAGUGGAUGGAGAUGUUGCUAUUGAUGACAUCUCCUUUUCAACAGAGUGCAGAACUACACUUUGCUCUGAAUAUGAAUUCCUUUGUCCUACUCAAGGGUGCAUCUCAAAGAGAAAGGUAUGUGAUUUCAAAAAUGACUGUAGUGACUUUAGUGAUGAAGAAACGUGUCCUGACUUCUGUUCAUUUGAAAAAGAUACCUGUGGGUGGGAAGAGGCUGUAAAUGAUGAAUUAAACUGGAUUUUAGGUCAAGCUAAUGACACAGAUUCUAAUACAGAUCAAACUGGCCCAUUUACUGAUCAAACUGGUAAUAAAGCUGGCCAUUUCUUUCUAUUAAAUGAAAAGCAAAGGUUACCAGAGCAUCAGAUUGGGCAAUCCUUCACACACUGGUAUCAGAACACCAGGCCAGAGUGCAUAUAUGUAUUCUGGUACUUCAGAGAGCAAGAUAUAGGGGCUGACUUAUUCCUUCACUUAAACUCCUCAAGGGAUAACUACACUACAUUAGCAUAUUUUAGCAAAAGCGUUGAGUUUGCAAAUAUGUGGACAUUACAAACUGUUAACAUCGGUCGACAAGAAGAUAUGUUCCAGUUAUCCCUCAACAUUCAGCCACAAGAUGGCUAUACUGGAGUAUUUGCCAUAGAUAAUACUAACUUUGAAAACUGUCAGUACCCAUUUCCAACAGAAGGACAAUGUCAGCCAACAUUCUAUCACUGCCCCAUAACAAUGGUUUGUGUAUCAAAGGACUAUGUAUGUGAUAUGGGUGAUCAUUGUGGAUUUGGUGAAGAUGAGACUGAUGAAGUGUGUGAUGGUUACCACCGCAUAUCAUUAGAAGAUACUUCACUUGGCUGGUUAAUACAAGGCAAAAAUGGCAUUGAUGAUGACACUGAUUGGUUCUUUGGGACAGGAUCAUCAACUUUUAUUGAUGUAGCCCCAAAUUUUGAUCAUACCCUGUGGAAUCCUGAGGGUCAUUUCCUGUAUUUGGAUGUGCCAGAGGGUGAGGUUCAGGUGGCACAGCUCCUGAGUCAGUACCUGGAAGGAGGACCUCAGUGUAGCUUUAUCUUCUACUACAACAUGUAUGGUUCUGGCUUUGGAAAUCUCUCAGUUAUACUGCGCCAGGAUUAUGGGCCAACAGUGACACUACUUGAUAUGCAAAGCAAUGAUAAUCAAAUGUCAGGUGUGUGGCAAAGAGCACACUUGACUGAAGAAAUGCUACCCGAUGAAGGUGCCUUCCAAAUUAUUUUGCAGGGCAAGUCCAAGAACAAUCAUCAAGGAACCAUUGCACUUGACGACUUUGUAUUUCAUUCUGAUUGCAGGUUGUAUGGAUCAACAACCACCACUACACCACAUUCUACGGUCACAAAUGUUUACAGAAAAAGAAAAAAUUAG